AUGUAUUUCUAACAAACAAAUUCUGCCUAAAGAAAUAUUCCAGUAAUUUAAUUACAAACCCCAUUCAACAACUAGCAAUAUGUAAUAUAAAUCAUAAUAGUACAUAGUCUUCCCCUACUAAUUAAUAUUACUCAAUACCAUCUUAGCCAAGACCAUUCCUAGAAAGUCCAAAAGCAAAUAAUAUGAAAGAAUAAUUAGAUUCAUUGUACAUAAAUCUUAGAAAGGAAAAUUAAAGUCUCAAAGACAAACUCUAACAUAUUAGUGCUUAAGUUGAUGAAGCUUAAUAGAAACUGGAAUAAUAUAAAAAAUCAUGA